GCCAUCGUCCGGUGGCCCACAAAGAAGACACUAUUACGGAACCGAAAAGUGUUCUGUCAUCGGCGCGUUCGACGUGGGUGCCAUAACGAUUCGGCAACCAUCAAUGACCACGUCCGCCGUCCGGGAAGAGAGACAGCACGCUCUCGUAUCCACGUCGGUGGUCCCUCGAGCGGGACAAAUCGCUGCCAAGGACCCAACUCAUGCUCAGGCUCCGCCGCCGGCUCCGAAGAAAUUCCGUUCGGUUGGAGUGAAAGAGCCGCUGUCCGUGUUACAUGACAUUGUGCGUACAUCAAGCAUGUGUGCCGAACCUAUGUAUGGUGCUAUGCACCGUGGUGUGCAGCCUUUGUAUUUCGGUGAUCCGGGAGAGGGGAGCAGUGGCGAAGGUUCACAGAGGGAAGAGGAAGAGGAAGAGGAAGGUUCUCAAGAGGGGAAUGAUAGUGAGAAUACAAUUAGUGAUCGAGAGCGUCGUGGAUGGCAAUCAAAGAAGAUGGGCAGUGGCAAUUUCGCUCCCACCGGCGUCAAGUUGUCUACUGCAAUGGAACAGGUUGACGAAGGAUGUGAAGGUGGGCAAAGUGUCACCACAACACUCACAGCUGUCACAGUGACAGAUAAUGAAUGGUGUGAUGGCAGUGGCGCAAGUGUCUUCCCCGUUGGCGAGAAGGGCAAUAUUGGUAGCCCACAAGGCCAUAUGUGGAUGUCUAUGGAUAUUUUGCCAUAUGGGUUGGGAAGCCAAGGGCGGCUCAAGGCAUCAUUGGAUGAAACCAUGUAUCUGGCGGAAACGGAACAGCAACUCGAGGCUCACACUCCACUUGAUGAAGAGACACUCAGAGGCGACUUCGAGAUUCCUACAGAAUUUCAAAGUUCGAUAUCAGAGGAGAAGGCACAACGAGGGUCUCAGGAGGCGGGUACUGUAACAGGCUACCAGGAGGAAGCUAUGCUUGCGGAGGAGAUGGAACCGGGCGGCGAGCCUAACGGUCCAUUUGAUGAAGACAUCCCUGGCAGCGACUUCGAUACUGGUACUGGAGGGUCUCAGGAUUUGCCUAUUGUAUUCGAUACUGCUGGGAAAAAUGACAUUCUUGAGGGGCUUGAGGCAAAAGAAGCAAUUCAAGUAUCGGACAUCGAAGAGGAUGAAGAACAUAUUGUACUGACUACUCCAGAGCAACAGACACCUGUGGAGGAAGGACGAGAAAGUACACUUCGAACUCCUGUGCAGCAGUUCAGCCCAUCUGUCAAAGUGAUAAACAUCGAAGAAUCCCCUUUCACAUCAAGACAGUUCAGAGAUGCAAAAGAAGACGGUGCUCAAGGGAAAACUGCAGUUAGUCGCCGAGGUGAGCACUUACCUUACGAAGUUAAUAUAUGCGUAAUAUUGUACUUAGAACGAGAGACAAUUUUCCGGUUUUGCAUGCUGUUGUGCAUUGGAACUGUUCCAUGUUUAUUUGCAUAUAUGUAGUGUGCCUUAUAGUGCGUCCGAAUCAGUAAAUGAAGCACACGAUC